GUGCUUUUUACAAACACCACCAGCUGCUCCGCAUCACUUUCUUUUUUUUUUUCUCCAUCACUUCCUUCUUUCUCUCCGCCGCCGUCUCGGCUCGGAGCUCCCGUCGGGAUAAUGAACCCCAAGCCCUCCGCAUUCUCCUCUUUCCUUCCACUUCUAUUUUCUGUUCUGCUUUUUUCUCUCUCGGAUUUCGCCUCGUUUAGUUUUGCCUUUCAAAUUCCGCCGCCGGCGCUUGUCCCACCGGAAGAAUUGAUGCUGCCGUCUGACGCCGUUUCGCUUCUUUCGUUCAAGUCCAAAGCCGACUUGGAUAACAAGCUUCUUUACACUCUCAAUGAGCGAUUUGAUUACUGUCAAUGGCAGGGUGUGAAGUGCGUCCAGGGUCGUGUUGUUCGUUUGGUUCUUCAAUCGUUUGGGCUCCGAGGGAUAUUGGCUCCAAACACUGUGUCUAAGCUCGACCAGCUUCGGUUCCUCAGCCUGCAUAAUAACUCGCUCGAAGGACCCAUUCCUGACCUAUCCGGACUCUUCAAUCUCAAAUCUCUGUUCCUUGGCCGAAACUCUUUCGUUGGGUCUUUUCCGCCGUCGAUUCUCACUCUUCACCGGCUUCAGACUCUUGAUCUUUCCUACAACAACUUCACCGGUCCUCUUCCGGUGAGGCUUUCCUCGUUGGACCGUCUCAUUACGCUCCUUCUCGAGUGGAAUGGUUUCAAUGGAACUAUUCCGCCCUUAAAUCAAUCAUAUCUUGAAGUCUUCAAUGUCACGGGGAACAAUCUCACCGGGCGAGUUCCGGUGACCCCCACUCUCUCGCGUUUCAACACGUCGUCAUUUUUCUGGAAUCCAGAUCUCUGCGGCGAGAUCGUCAACAAGGCAUGUCAUUCACCCGCUCCAUUCUUUGAAGCUUCCAAUGCCACCGCUCCAUCUCACCCUUCUGUCCAAAGCGCACAGUCACAGGACGUAGUUCAAUCUCCAGUCUCUCAUGCUAAGCACAAGGAAACGAAUAUGAUUUUGGGGCUUUCAGUGGCCGCCGCAGUCUUAGUAGCAGGUCUUUUAUGUUUCUUCGUAGCAGCCAGAACCCAAAGAAGACGAACUGUAUCAAAGCCAGCAAUUGCGCAGUUUGAGCCCGAAAUUGGUUAUUCCACAGCUUCCGCAAUCGACGAGCGAGUCGACAGGAAGGGCGAAUUUCAAGCGAAAGUGAAGGAAAUUGAAGAAAUUCCAAAAGCCCAUAAGAGUGGGUGUCUUAUAUUUUGUGAAGGGGAGGCAGAGUUAUUCAGCUUAGAGCAGUUAAUGAGGGCUUCGGCCGAGCUACUAGGUAGAGGCACAAUGGGAACUACAUAUAAAGCCGUGCUCUGCAACCAGUUAAUCGUAACGGUGAAGCGUCUUGAUGCUACUAAGACCGCCAUAACGAGCAGCGAAGUGUUCGACCGGCAUUUGGAAGCAGUGGGUGCACUUCGCCAUCCCAAUUUAGUACCAGUUAGGGCCUACUUUCAAGCCAGGGGAGAGAGAUUAGUGGUUUACGAUUACCAACCUAACGGCAGUCUUUACAACCUCAUUCACGGUUCACGAUCAGCAAGGGCUAAGCCUCUGCACUGGACAUCAUGCUUGAAGAUUGCAGAAGAUUUAGCACAAGGCAUUGCUUAUAUACAUCAAGCUUCUAAGUUAAUCCAUGGCAACUUGAAGUCUACUAAUGUGCUCCUAGGAGCAGACUUCGAGGCCUGCCUCACAGACUAUGGCCUUUCUGUUCUGGCAGAGUCCCCUGAAGAUCCAGAUUCUUCACGCUACCAGGCACCUGAAGUUCGGAAAUCCAGCCGCAACGCUACCCACAAGAGCGAUGUAUACGCCUUUGGCGUCCUCUUGCUGGAGCUUUUGACAGGAAGACAUCCAUCAAACCAUCCAUUUGUUGAGCCAAGUGAUAUGCCAGAAUGGGUAAGGGCAGUUAGGGAAGAUGAUGGUGGGGAUAGUAGCCAACUUGGAAUGCUUACUGAGGUGGCUAGCAUGUGUAGUAGUACAUCCCCUGAACAGAGGCCACCCAUGUGGCAAGUUUUGAAAAUGAUAAUGGAGAUUAAAGAGAGUGUGAUGACAGAGGACAGUGAAUCUAGUGGCUUUUAAUGACUCUUAGACAAAAUAGAGAAGAAGAGGAGGAAGUAUCAACUGUACAUUUCGGUCGGACUCACUGGGUCAAGGUCGUAGGAGGGAUGAUCCAUGUAGAGACUUUGAUGGAGUUUGUAAGGAAUCCUCCCAGAUUACAGAGGGCUUUAUCUGACAUUCAGGGCGCAACGUCUUCGACUUGAAGAUAUGGGUGUGGCUGUUGAGAGGAGUGGAGGCAAUCAAUAUGUAGGCUUCAGAAAUGGGGCUUUUUAGUUCAUUAAUGGCCUUUAUUAGGGAGUUGGGUGUGGUCUGUGAAGUAGUAGUAAAGAAAGGGGUAUGGCCAUUAUGAAACUUAAAAUGUAGUGUCAGUGAGUGACUCACAAUUGGGUGUUAUUUCUCAAUUCUCACACCUCCUAAAUGUAGCAAUUAUUGAUGCAAAACUCCAUUUUAAAGUCCAAAUGUGUAUGAAGACUGGGGAUGAUAUGGGCUGAAGCCUGAAAGCCAGGUUGUCCUUUUGACUC